AUGUUGAAUUUCAAGGGCUACCCCAAGGCCAUCGACAUCUGUUCUGUGGGCUGCAUCCUGGCAAAGAUGCUCUCCAGCAGGCCCAUCUUCCCCAGGAAACAUUACCUUAACCAGCUGAAACAUGUUCUGAGUAUUCUUGGAUCCUCAUCUCAGGAAGAACUGAAUUGGAUAAAAAAUUUAAAAGCUAGAAACUAUCUGCUCUCUCUUCCACACAAAAAUAAGGUGUCAUGGAACAGGCUGUUCCCAAAUGCUGACUCCCAAGCUCUGGAUUUACUGGACAAAAUGUUGACCUUCAACCCUCACAAGAAGAUUGAGGUGGAGCAGGCUCUGGCCCACCUGUACCUGGAGCAGUACUAUGACCUGAGUGAUGAGCCUAUCACUGAAGCACCCUUCAAGUUUGACAUGGAAUUGGACGACUUGCCCAAGGAAAAGCUCAAAGAACUCAAAUCUAAAAUGCCCUCCUUAUGUAAUCAUAUUUCACCGUUCCUUGAGUUACAAAACAUGAAGAAACCAUUCUUAGCUAAUCUAAUUUUAAUGAUUUUUCCUUUUUGUCAAAAUUCCUACUCUUUAUAG